CGGGGCGGCGCGGGGCCGAGGCCGCCAUGGCCGCCAUGGCCGGCACGGGGCCGGGCCCGGCGGAGGGGCCGUGCGUGCUGUGCUGUGGGGAGCUGGACGUGGUGGCCCUGGGCCGCUGCGAGCACCCCAUCUGCUACCGCUGCUCCGUGCGGAUGCGGGCGCUCUGCGGUGUCCGGUACUGCGCCGUGUGCCGGGAGGAGCUGCGGCAGGUGGUGUUCGGCAGGAAGCUCCCCUCCUUCUCCUCCAUAGCCCUGCAGCAGCUGCAGCACGAGAAGAAAUAUGACAUUUAUUUCAUGGACGCCGAGGUGUACGCGCUGUACAGGAAGCUGCUGCAGCACGAAUGCUACUUGUGCCCGGAUGCAAAGCCCUUCAACACCUUUGCAGACCUGGAACAGCACAUGAGGAAGCAGCACGAGCUCUUCUGCUGCAAACUCUGUGUUAAACACCUGAAGAUCUUCACCUACGAGAGGAAAUGGUAUUCCAGGAAGGACCUGGCCCGGCACCGGAUCCACGGGGACCCUGAUGACACCUCCCACCGGGGCCACCCCCUCUGCAAGUUCUGCGACGAGCGCUACCUGGACAACGACGAGCUGCUGAAGCACCUGCGCAGGGAUCACUACUUCUGCCACUUCUGUGACUCCGAGGGGGCUCAGGAGUACUACAGUGACUACGAAUACCUGCGGGAGCACUUCAGGGAGAAGCACUUCCUGUGCGAGGAGGGCCGCUGCAGCUCGGAGCAGUUCACGCACGCCUUCCGCACCGAGAUCGACUACAAGGCCCACAAGAGCGCCUGCCACAGCAAGAGCCGCGCCGAGGCGCGCCAGAACCGCCACAUCGACCUGCAGUUCACCUACACGCCCCGGCACCCGCGCAGGAACGACGGUGUUGUAGGUGGAGAUGACUACGAGGAGGUUGACAGGUUCAACAGGCAAGGGAGGGCAGGCAGGUUGAGCAGCCGAGGGAGCCAGCAGAACAGGAGAGGCAGCUGGAGGUACAAGAGAUCUCUGUGUGGCCAGACUGAGUGCUUUGGAAAAGGAAGAGGGGAGGAGGAAGACAGGGAUGUUGCAGCAGCAGUCAGAGCAUCUGUGGCAGCCAAACGGCAGGAAGAGAAGAAGAGGGUGGAGGACAAAGAGGAAGGCAGCAGCAGCAGGGGGAGAAAGGAGGAUCUGAGGGAUCUCGAUGUGCUCGGCUCCAAACGUGUGCCAAAGUCUUCAAACGAUGUCCCAGAAGCAGCUGCUAAUGGAGUGCUCAGCCAGGACGACUUUCCAGCAAUCGGCUCUGCAGCAGGACCUCUCCAAGGCUCUGCCCAGCCACCACUGGUUAAGCUUAAAGAAGAAGACUUCCCAAGCUUGUCCUCCUCUGCAGCUCCCACCAUCUCAUCAGGGAUGUCUCUGAUGUACACAGCCACUGCCAGGAAAGCAGCCUUCCAGGAGGAGGAUUUCCCAGCCCUGGUGUCCAAAGUGAAGCCCACCAAUAGGACGGUAACUCACAUCACAUCUGCAUGGAACAACGGUUCCAGUAAAAACAUGGUCAAAGCCAUCAGCAGCCCCUGUGUCAACCAGCCAGCCAAAAAACCAUCCUUGAACACCUCCAAAGGAAGCAAGAAGAGCAAUAAACUCUGUGAAUCAGACGACGAGGACAGCAGCGGUGGCCUGACCACCCAGGAGAUCCGCAACACCCCGACCAUGUUCGACGUCUCGUCCUUGCUGGCAGCUUCUACCUCACAAACUUUUACAAAAGUGGGCAAGAAAAAGAAGAUGGGGGUUGAGAAGCAGAGCCUGUCAUCCUCACGCCCGCCCCAGGAGCCACCAUGUCCCAGGCCAGGCACAGAGAAGCCCCCCGAGGCAGAGCAGCCCUGCAGGGUGUUCCCUGCUGCUCACGGCCCCGACAGAGCCGCGGCCCUCGUCAACGGGCACGCGGAGAAACCAUCAGCUGCCUGUGCUGCACCCAAAGAGCCCCCCGGCCUUAAAAAGCCCCCAGUGACUAACAAAUGCCCUUUACCUCAGGAAGACUUCCCAGCUCUUGGGAGCUCAGGAUCAGCCAGGAUGCCUCCGCCACCAGGCUUUAACUCCGUGGUGCUGUUGAAGAACCCUCCUCCGCCUCCGGGCCUGUCGGUGCCUGUCAGCAAACCCCCGCCGGGCUUCGCUGUCAUCCCAUCCUCCACCAUCUCUGAACCCGUCACUACAGCUCUGAAGGAGACAAAAUCCUGUCAUGGAUCAUACUUGAUACCUGAGAACUUCCAGCAGAGGAACAUCCAGCUCAUACAAUCCAUUAAAGAAUUUCUUCAGAGCGACGAGUCCAAGUUCAAUAAAUUCAAAACUCACUCUGGGCAGUUCAGGCAGGGGCUGAUCUCUGCAGCUCAGUAUUACAAAAGCUGCCGGGAACUGCUGGGGGAAAACUUCAAGAAGAUUUUCAAGGAGUUGUUGGUGCUGCUGCCAGACACAGCCAAGCAGCAGGAACUGCUCUCUGCUCACAACGACUUCCGGAUCAAGGAGAAACAAAGCUCCAACAAACCCAAAAAGAACAAAAAGAAUGUUUGGCAGACGGACUCCGCCGGCGACCUCGACUGCUCCAUCUGCCCCACGUGCAGGCAGGUGCUGACCCAGCAGGACGUGGUGACCCACAAAGCUUUGCACAUCGAGGAUGAGGAGUUCCCCUCGCUGCAGGCCAUCAGCAGGAUCAUCAGUUAGCUCUGCCCAGGGCCACCACCCGGGCUCUGCCUGUGGAUGUGCACUUUGGAACGAGGUUUGGCAUAGCUGGGGGCUGCUGCCCUUGAGGCAGAGAGGAGCAGGUGAUUUGGGAAGCCCUCCUGGGCAAAGGGAUCACAGGAAUGGGCCAGAGCUCGUCCCCACCCACUGUCUGAGCUCCCAAAUCUGGGCUAGGGUUAGGCUGAGCUGCAGGGGGGAGGCAGGCAGGGCUCCUUCCUCCUGGAACAUGCAAUAGCUGGGAAUCCUUUUGGAUCUGCAGAAUGACAGGGGAUACAACAGGGGAAUAAGCUUCUGCUUUGGGGGUUUCUUUCUGGUUUGGGGGUGGGGGAAGUUAACGGGUCACUGAAAUGAAUGGAGGUGGCUUCCCUUAUAACAUUCUGAUUUUUUUUGUGCUAUUUCAGUGAAGAUCACACUAGUCAGGGGUAAAAGGUGCAAGAGAGUGCUGCUCACUGGGGUGUGUGACCAGGAGGGCUGCACGCACUGGGCUGCAGAGUUUCCCUUUCUGCAAACAGAGUCAGUUCUGCUGCUUGAAGAAUUGGGCCGAUCUGUGCAAGAUUUGAAGUUGCCUCUGACUUUUUCUGUAAAGUUCUUUCAAGAAGCUGAUUUUGUAGCCCUGCAUGUACAGUAACAGCAUUAAGGCUUUACUCUGCGUAAAGCACACGGGAAUUUUAUUUAAAUGACUGCCAUGUUUCUAAUUUCUUGGAUGUAUUACUGGUGGGAGCUCCCAACAGCAUCCUGGGCCAUUAAAUGCUGCUGAUUACUGAC